CAACCAGUAGCAGGCUUGACCUGGCAAAUUUAGUUCCGCGGAACCGGGAAAGAGUCUGGGAACAUCGGGAAGGAGCCCGGGGGUGAAUGAGACAAAGUCUGGGAAGUUCGUAAAGGCCCAGAGUUUAUUAAACAUAUGUUGCCUUUGACUUCAGAAGCGUUUGUGUAUUCAUGGUACAGGUUGUUCACACACAGUCAUGUUCCAGCCCUAGGCCACGGGUUUUACCCCACCUGCUCAUGGCUUUACACUAUCCCUGCUUGCCCAAAUGAGUCACAUAUGAUGGUUCUGGACUCCUCCUCUGAAACUGUAAGCCUACAAUAAACUAUUUCUGUGUUGCCCUGGUCAUGGUGUUUUGUCACGGCAAUAGAAAGUAACACGGGGGCUUUCUUCAUUAGCUUCUUGGGAUUACCAUUUAAGGCUUCUACCUUUCCUGAGGGCAGUGGUUGUUGUGCAAGCCACAUUUGCUGCCUAAUGUCUUGGUCAUGAUUCGAAACACCUGCAGACUCUGAGCAAGUUCAGAAUUGCUUGUGAGAGUGCCUUGGCUACUUUGUAAGUCUUUGCAGCACAGGCUGGGGAGGCUUUAGUUCAUUCAGUAAGGAUAUCCAUGAACACCUAUAGGCAGCUGAAGACUUGGCAAGACUUGGUGAACCAUGUCCUCCAAAUCAGUCCUAGGGUCGUGACCAUGUCUGAGCACAUACCAUACAGCCCCCAAGAACUCAGGAGCAGACUGGAAGAAUCCUUUUCCUGAGAAGACGUGAUUGUAUGUUUCUCCUGACCUUGUCCAACCAAAGUUAUCGCAGGGCUCUUUUACAAGCUCCCAUUGAAUACUCGGGGAACACAGUUGAGGAUUUCUGUAUGCAGCCAUCCUUCAGGAUUACAGAGGAACCCUUUUACAGCUGCCCUUUUCACACUGCCUUAGGGACAGACCAAGGCUUACAAGGGGUCCAUGAGACUGACAGAGGCAAAAGGGGUCAACAGAAAUUAGACAGCAGAGCUGAGACCUUGGAAGUCUAGUGACAUAAUUUAUUCCCUCUACUGACAAAUGAGCCACCCCUUUAGUGUCCCCUGUAGCCGACAUAGCAACACAGGAGAGUUUCUGGAUGCCAUGCACGAGAGACAAAACCUGUGGUCAGUAUUUGAUGGAACUGCUCUUGGAGUUCAGCAAACCACUUUCCUUCCAGAAAGCAGCAUGAAAAUGUAACAUCCUGAAGCACCACAGACCUGGAGUGCAACCUUGUGCAGGAUUUUACGCGUCAUCUCACGGCGCGCUGGCUGUUGACGCUUCUGGGAAGUGUAGUUCGUGCAAAGGCAACACAUUGAUUGGAGCUCAGAGGCCGAAGAUCUUUGCGCAGGCGCACUGCCUUCCCGACACGAGGCGGGCUCUUAUCCUUCCCUACCAGAGCAGCAUAGGAGGGAAUGGCUGCCGUGUCUCCGCCUACCAGAUGUCAGGCAUUGGUGACAUUUGAAGAUGUGGCAGUGACUUUCACAGAUGACGAGUGGAAGCGUCUGGUACCCGUGCAGAGGGCGCUCUACAAGGCCGUGAUGCUAGAGAACUAUGAGAGCAUCAUCUCACUGGGUCUUCCUGUUCCUCGACCUGAUCUGAUUCUUCAGUUCAAGAGAAGGGGCGAGCCCUGGAUGCGGGGUUUUCAUGGAUCUGAGGAGAAAGCAUGGCCAGAGAGUGUCUCUCUAGACUUGGAAGCUAAGCCUGAGACCCUAGGUGCUUCAAAAGGCACACUGAGAGAAAUCCAUAGAAAGCAAAGUUCUCUGUGCCCUAAACGAGAAAUCCAAACACUAACAGGUGGGUCGGAACCAGAGAAGAAAAGUCCCAAAGCAAGGACUUGCAAAAAGCCCCUUUCCUUGGAUAAAGGCUUGCAUCAAAUGUCAGCUCCAUCCAAGAAAGCCCUCACUAAACACCAAGACCAGGAAUGUAGUGAGUGUGGGAAGACCUUCUUUGACCAUUCGUCCCUCAUCCGACACCAGAGGACUCACACUGGAGAGAAGCCAUAUGACUGUCCCGAGUGUGGGAAGGCCUUCAGCCACAGGAGCAGUCUCAGUAGACAUCUGAUGUGCCACACCGGAGAGAGUCCGUACGAGUGUGAUGCGUGUGGCAAGGCCUUCUUUGACCGUUCAUCCCUAACUGUGCAUCAGCGGAUUCACACAGGGGAGAAGCCGUUUAAAUGCAAUGACUGUGGCAAAGCCUUCUUUGACCGCUCAUCCCUCACUCGCCACCAGAGAAUCCAUACCGGAGAGAGUCCCUACGAAUGCCAGCAGUGCGGGAAAGCCUUCAGCCAGAAAAGCAUUCUCACUCGGCACCUGCUGAUCCACACUGGCAGGAAGCCUUACGAAUGCAGGGACUGUGGGAAAGCAUUCUAUGGCGUCACUUCCCUAAACAGACACCAAAAAGUGCACACCGAGGAGCCCCACUAUCAGUGCAGCGAGUGUGGCAAAGCUUUCUUUGACCGCUCUUCUCUUACGCAGCACCAGAAGAUACACACUGGAGACAAGCCAUAUGAGUGCAGCGAGUGUGGUAAGGCCUUCAGCCAGAGGUGCCGGCUCACGAGACAUCAGAGAGUUCAUACGGGGGAGAAACCCUUUGAGUGCAGUGUGUGCGGCAAAGAGUUCAGCUCCAAGUCCUCAAUUAUUCAGCAUCAGAGACGUUACGCCAAACAAGGGAUAGACAGAGGGGGAAGCAUGAGCUAGACAGCGGGCCUUCCUGCGAGCUUGGAAGGGUUCCCUGUCCUCUACAAAGCCAGCAUUUGUUCAUUCUGCCAACUCUGGCCGCUGUCUUCUGCCCAACCUCUGCUUCAGGGUCCGAGUAAACGGUGCGCCUCCUUCCUGUGCUACAGAACUAACGUGGAGUGCAGAAACUAAACCAUGAAUCUCCUCCACAUUCAGAAUUCUGCACAGAGGCUGCGCACAGCUCAGUGAUAGACUCCCGCCUAGCAUGCAUGAGGAGCUGCAGUUUGAUCCCAAGCACUGCGAAAGGAAGCUGGAGAGAUCAUAGGACAGAUGUUAGGAGAGGAAUCUGCAGACACAGUGAGAAUAGGCCUGUUAUCACUGCACUUUAAAUAGCUGCAGGCUAUUACAGUUGGAGAAUGUCACAAUUGUGAGAGAGUACCAUUUUCUCUAGAAGUUUCUAUAGCUCUUCUGGAGCUUUUUGGCACCCAGACCUUAUUCUCUUGUGCCCCAGUAAAGCUCUCCUAGACUAGUAGUAGUGGUAGCACUUACUAAGCACUGAUCUUAGGGUAAAGUCUCAGCAGUGAAUUGUAAAAGGGCUAGGUUGACUGAUCCUCUCACUAAAUCUGUGAAACGGGUCCUUUUGCUGUCUGAACUUCACAGAGGAGCACCCUGAAGUUUAGAGAAAUUAAGUACUAUAGUCUAGGAGACGCAGGGUGAAGCCAGGUGUCUUGGUUAUUUCUCUAUUACUGUGCAGAGACAUGAUGGCCAAGGCAACUUAGAAAGCAUUUGCAGGUCUUGCUUACAGUUCCAGGGGGUGAGUCUGUGACCAUCAUCGUGAGAGCAUGGUGACAGGCAGACCCAGUGCUGGAGCAGAACUUAAAUCUGAUCCACAAGCAGUAGGCCAAGAGAUAGGGAGAGACAGACAGACUGGUCUUGGCACACUGAUCUAGGCAAGGGUUUCUGAAACUUCAAAGCCCACCCCCAGUGACACACCUCUUCCAACAAAGCCACACCUCCUGAUCCUUUCUAAACAUUCCAUCAAUCAGGUAGCAAACAUUCAAAUAAGUAUAUGAGCCUAAGGGGGCAAUUCUCAUUCAAACCACCACAUUCUGCUCACGGACAUGAUCAACAACCAGUCCUCACACUGAAAGAGGCCUUGUUGAAGUUCACGGAUCAGCUUACUGAAGUUUAGAGAGAUUAAGUAAAAUACCCUACAUGACACAAGGAGAAACGAGGUCUUCAGUGUGAAUCUGCCUUCAGUAUUUCUACUAUAGAUUACGCUCUAAAAUUUUGUCUUAUAAUUGGCAUACCUGAAUUAUCUUCUUAGCUAGAUUGUAAGCAUUUGGAGGUGUGAUUUAAUAGGUCUCUGUGUCUUACAGCGUGCCUUGCAAAUAUUAGGUGAUCAAUAAAUGUUUAUCUAAAUGAA